UUAAUGUCGAAAGAGUGCAACCUGCAGCUCCCUUCAUAAUCCUUGUUUGUGGUUAUUUGCAAGAGUUCUGACUUGAGUGUUGACUCUGAAUGUUUUAUUCAGCUCUUAAUGUUAGUGUUUGCACAGACCCGCUUACACAGUGUCUGCAGGCGCGUCCCUGGUUUUUCUUUCACCUUCGGUGAUAGCAUUCCACUUUCUCUUUCUACAUUUCUUGCCCAGGAAUUGGUACGAUGAAGGUUAUUGUUGCAUUCCUCGCUUGUUUAGGAUCUGUCUCUGCGUAUCAAGUGGAUAAUGAGGAUACGUUCUACAUCCGGACGUUACACAAUAAAAAGGUGAAGCCGAUUCUAAGUCAAGGUACUUUUUCUUGGGCUAAUUGUGGGGGUGAGAAGGAACCCGCUGGCCUCAAGAGUCUUUCAAUCCAACCGGAUCCAAUCUCUAUUCCCGGUGACCUACAGGCCAGUGUUGCAGGUUUCACUGCUGUUAAUCUUACAGCACCUUUAACGGUUAACAUAACACUGCAUAAGGAAGUUGCUGGAAUUUCGGUGAAAAUUCCAUGUGUUGAAGAAAUUGGAAGCUGUGUUUAUGAUGAUGUCUGCCAACUACUGAACAAGGUGAUCCCACCUGGACAAGACUGCCCGGAGCCACUAUUUACAUAUGGACUCCCAUGUCACUGUCCUUUCAAAGCGGGCGAGUACUCUAUGCCAAACACUUACUUCAACCUCCCUCCUGUAGAGCUGCCGUCUUGGAUGACCAGCGGAAAUUACAAAGCUAUGGGAGUCCUUACCAGAAAUGAGCAGGAGCUGGCUUGUCUCAAAGUCACCUUCUCUCUCAAGUCACAGUGAACAAAUCCUACUAUUAACCUACUAUUUCCAGAAGCUGAACCUCUUGGAGGCAGAAUAAGAAAUUGCUUUUUAUCUCUAAGCUUUCAUCAAUGUCACGUGCUCAGUAUUUUUUUCUUCUCUUUAAUAUCAACAGUUCUUUUGAAGCAGUAAAAUAACUUGUUUCAGUUCCAGAUUGUACACCUGUCAAUUCCUGAUACAAUCUAUGUAUGAGUAAUCUACCAGCAUUACAUAAAAUAAGCCACUUUUUACAGGUGAAUAGUGUUAAUAAGUCCCCAGAAUCUGAGGACAUCAUGGUCAAGCCCAAUACUGUCCUCACCCAAUGAUAGGAAAUGUAUGCUUUCAUCAAACAUUAUGCCUCAUGAACCAGAACUAUGGUACUUGCUUCUGCUUUUUAAAGUGUAUGCACCACUUGACAAUCAGCUACAAAAGACAAAGUUCUGUAUUGUUAGAGAAAGUUCUGUUUACCCAAGCAAUAAACAGAAAUGACCAUAACGAACAGGAGUAGACAAUUUGGCUCCUCUCCCCUGUUCUCCUAUUCAGUAGGAGCAUGGCAGAUCCAGCAUUCCUCAUAUCCACUUUCCCACAUUAUCCCUAUAACGCAUGAUUCCCCUACUGAUUAACAAUCUAGCUUGUAGGAUCAUACAGAUAAUGAAAGCGACCACUUCGCCCACCAUCCCUGUGUUGGUUUUUGAAAGAGUUUUCCAAACCUAUUUCUUUCCCUUAUAUUUCACUCAAUUCCAUUUUUGAACGUUACUUCUGAAUCUGUUUCCACCACCGUUCACAGGCAGUGCAUUCCUGGUCAUAAUUCACAGGUUUUAAAAAAAACCUUCUAAUUCUUUUCCCUAUUAUCCAAAAUCUGUUUACCAUAUCUCCUUCCCACAGGAACAGCGUUCCUUAUCACAGGAUGGUUACAGCACAGGAAGCAGCCAUUUGGCCCAUUGUGUUCAUGCUGGCUCUCUGCAACUCGAUUAGUGCCACUCCCCACCCUUACUUGACACACUGCAAAAUAUUUGCUCCUCAUAUAGUUAUCUAAAUUGCGAUUGUAAGCUCUAUCACACUCCGAGCAUUCCAGACCCUACACAAUCACUGUUUAUGACAGCACACAGUUAUAUUUUCCAAAAUUCUUCCUCCCCUGUGUAGUUUCAUUCUUGUAGCUGCGCUUAUAAUGACAGUUUAUCAGACAAGUGAUGCUGCAAACAGGCAAUGUAUUUACGAAUCUGACCUUGUAUUUGCAUUGAAGUGACAGCUGGGCUUUAAACAGAGUUUUGCCACUGGAAAUCCCAGCAACAAUCAGUGCUGCAUGAUAGAGUGAGCAUGAUCCAAAAGAAGUAAGCAGUGCAAAAUUGUGAGAGGUAGAGCUCACAGCCAGCAACUCUGCAUGAAAGUUCCUGAAAUUUCCAUGUCAGCAAUUCCAGGUAUUAUCUUUAACACCUGCCUGAAAUAAGUGGAAAGUUAUUGGAGCGGCAUGAUCCAGAGAAGGUGAACAGUGCAAAAUUGUGCGAGAUAAGAGCUCACCACUAGCAACCCUCCAUGAAACUCUGCUGAAAUUGACAUGUGGAAAAUUCCCUCCCCAACUUAAAUGCUGAUCUGACCUGACAUUCCAUUGGCAUAGACUUCUGGAUGGAUUUUCAGAUAAGUGAAGCAGAGGAAUCUGACCUUUCUUUCUGAUGUAGCCCAUUGGCAUUGAAGUUAAUUGUAGGAUUAAAAUGCUUAAUAAACCUGAGUUACAUUGUGUUCAAAAUAGUGCUGGAAAAGAGUGGGUUGUUACACAGACAACUUUUGGUACUGUAUAAAUGAUGUACAUGAUCAAGUUCAAAAAUUCUUACAUCAAACAUAUAACAAAAUCUAAGCAAAGAUACUAUACACAAAGGUGCAUGUUUUAACAGCACUCAUUAUUUUAAACUGUACUUUUUUACUUAUAUCAUUAAUUUGGCAUUGGAGUCCAUUCUUCUCUCUAAAUGAGCCGCAUUUUUAAACAAUGCUGAUGCAUUUAAUAUGUUCAGCAUAAACUCUUCAAACUAAGACUUCAUAUAUUUUCCUAAUAAGAGUGUUGUUCUUUGCGUGAUAGAAUAUUUGAGGUUUAUGACAUAUAAUCCAUACUUGAUGUAAUUGUGUUAUAGCCAACACAAGUUCAUGUUUUAGAAAUACUGUUCCCCUAUUCGUCAAUCACAUUACAACCAAUUUGCGUUGCCAGGACACCCUUUAUAGGAGAACCUGCUGUACUCCAUUUUCUUUCCAGUCACAUGGUAAUUCAGUAUAUAAUGGAUAUCAAAGUGCACCACGUUGCAUUUAGUUUACAAGGAUAUGGAAACAGGAUCCUUUGCUAAAUUGUUUUCCUCAUUAACUUCGCAUGGGCAUUGGAAUGUGGAUCUGCAGCAUUGUUUUUGUUUGCAAAAUUUAAUGUCAAAUUUGUAUGAAAUUACCAAAUAAACAUGCUUUGUUUUCAA